GGUGGCAUCUAUAUCAUCAGCCGUUUUAGAGUAUCAAAAGCCAAAUCCUUUUACAAACCUGUUGAUAGACCCUAUAUGCUAGAAUUUACUUGCUACACAAAAAUAACUCCAGCAAAAGAUGUCCCAGAAACGUUCCCAGCAUACAUCUACAAACUUACACCUUUUGCUGACCUUCCAAGACACGCAGGCGAAAACAGGAACUUCCUAGAUGUUCUUGGCAUGAUCACUGAAGUCUCCGACACACACUCGGUGCAGCUUCCAAAUCAGCCAACGCCCACUUUAAACAGAGACAUUGUCCUUAAAGAUCUUAGCAAUGCUGAAAUUAGAUUGACUCUAUGGGGCCGACGAGCUGCUGAAUUUAGCAUCGACAGCAUUUACAAUGAGGAACAAGCUAAGCCAGUUGUUGUCCUCAUCGUUGGCAGCCUCAUGAAAACCUAUGCAGGUCAAGGAUAUUUGAGCGGCAAUACCGCAUGUCGCUGGUAUUUCAAUCCCACAAUUCCUGAAGCUGAACAAUUUUACACCGCGCUUCACAAUCAGCGCCUACCAAUCAAGCAUAUCACUGCUGCCACACAACAAGCAACUCCACUGCGAACAUCACUUCACCUCGAAGACAAAUAUCUCAGCGAUUUACAAGCAAUGGAUCCAUAUGACUUCCCGGACGGUGGAUAUCGCUGCACUAUUACUAUCACCCGUCUAGUGCUAAACACAGCAUGGUGGUUCCCAUCAUGUAAUAGAUGCAGCAGAGCCUGUGCACCAGAUGCUGAUGGUUACAGGUGCAACACAUGUUCUUGCACAAGCUACCGUUUCAAAUACAAGCUAUGCUUCAUUGCAAAUGAUGGAACUGCCGAAGCUGAGAUGAUAGCUUUUGGCGACGUUGCCCGGCGUAUUGUAGGUAAACCUGUCCAACAAGUCCUGCGAUCAUCAAGAUCUGCAAAUAACACACCGCCAGACAUCGCAGCUAUAGUGUCUUUAAAAUUCACUCUAGCAGUUACCUUAACAGAACAGAGCUACUACAACCCCCAAAAAUCAUACCAAGUGAACUCUGUUGUUACUGCUUAUGGAAGGCAGCACGCACUCCCACACACAGGAGAUGACCAGCAAAAACAGCCAGCAACUUCUCAAAUCCCAAUCCAUUCACUCACAUAUCCAACAUCGUCAAGCACCCACCCAACAUCUCAAACACUAGACUAUCCCAUCAGUUCUUAUGCUGCUCCACCUGAUCCUACGGUACCAUCUGAACCCAAGAGCACCGCACCAUCACCGCAAUCAAAUAUUGAGAAAGUGACUGCCAAGAACACGCCACCAGAUGCCACCCCUCCCCCAUCACUGGACCAUGAUGAGACACCAUCGAAGAAAUCUAAACUCAUACAUGAUAUUGGUUCAUCUAAACAUUCCGCUGCUCACAAAAGGCUAUUCCAAGAUACUAUAGACAUUGCAAAGUCACUCAUCCUGCUGACUCAACUUUGCACAUAUGCUUCUCUAUUUAACUAG